GCGGGACUUCCGGUCCGCAGUCCGGUCAGAUGUUUCCCGGGCGUCUCCCCGCAACCUAUUUGACUUCCCUAGUCGGUGACGCGGCGCGGGGAAGGAGCCCGAGGGGACCCGAGCCUAGAGGAGUUGAGUUAAAAGAAGAUGGAUGCACAGAGUUCAGCUAAAGUCAAUUCGAGGAAGAGGAGGAAAGAGGCACCUGGUCCUAACGGAGCAACAGAGGAAGAUGGAAUUCCUUCCAAAGUGCAGCGCUGCGCAGUUGGUUUACGGCAGCCAGCUCCUUUUUCUGAUGAAAUUGAAGUUGACUUUAGUAAGCCCUAUGUCAGAGUGACUAUGGAAGAAGCCUGCAGGGGAACUCCUUGUGAGCGGCCUGUGAGAGUUUAUGCGGAUGGAAUAUUUGACUUAUUUCACUCUGGUCAUGCCCGGGCUCUGAUGCAAGCGAAGAACCUUUUCCCUAAUACGUAUCUAAUUGUGGGAGUCUGCAGUGAUGAGCUAACCCACAACUUCAAGGGUUUCACUGUGAUGAACGAGAGUGAGCGCUAUGACGCAGUGCAGCACUGCCGCUACGUGGAUGAGGUGGUGAGGAACGCCCCCUGGACUCUGACGCCUGAGUUCCUGGCAGAGCACCGGAUUGAUUUUGUCGCCCAUGACGAUAUCCCCUAUUCUUCUGCAGGAAGUGACGAUGUGUAUAAGCACAUCAAGGAGGCAGGCAUGUUUGCUCCCACACAGAGGACAGAAGGUAUCUCCACAUCAGACAUCAUCACCCGCAUUGUCCGUGACUAUGAUGUGUAUGCAAGACGGAACCUACAGAGGGGCUACACUGCCAAGGAGCUCAAUGUCAGCUUUAUCAACGAGAAGAAAUACCACUUGCAAGAACGAGUUGAUAAAGUAAAGAAGAAAGUGAAAGAUGUGGAGGAAAAAUCAAAAGAGUUUGUGCAGAAGGUGGAAGAAAAGAGCAUCGACCUCAUCCAGAAGUGGGAGGAGAAGUCCCGAGAAUUCAUUGGAAGUUUCCUGGAAAUGUUUGGUCCAGAAGGAGCACUGAAGCACAUGCUGAAAGAGGGAAAAGGUCGGAUGCUGCAGGCCAUCAGUCCCAAGCAGAGUCCCAGCAGCAGCCCUACUCAUGAGCGCUCCCCCUCCCCCUCCUUUCGGUGGCCCUUCUCUGGCAAGACUUCCCCAUCUUCCUCCCCAGCAAGUCUCUCUAGGUGCAAGGCUGUGACCUGUGACAUCAGCGAGGAUGAAGAGGACUAACUUUUCAUCCCUGUUCCCUCUCCCCCCAACCCCCGCCCAUCACCUCCAGAAGCUCUCUGUCGAAUUCCAUUUUGUGAUCCCAACACUAAACCUAAGGACAUCUACAAAGAAAAGACAAACGGGGCAAGAGGACCUGGGAAUGGGGAACCAAAACAGCCCAUACCCUGAGACAUUCAUUCUCAGCCACACCAAGGAGGCUGCCCACACCUUAGAAGCCUGCUCUGCAUCCAUCUUUCCUCCCCAGAACUUUGCUUUACUGUUUAUGCUCAUGUAAUCUUGACAGGGAAAUUGUCAUUUUUAUUAAUUUUUUUUUAAAAAGUAGUCUUUCAAACAUAGUAAGUAGAACUAAUUUUUUGCCCCUGAGGAGUGGGCAGAAGAAGGAAGCGUGGAAUGCCCACAGGCCUUUCUUCCUGAACACUAGUGCUUGCCUUCUGUUCUGAAGCAAAGUGGCUUGCCAGAUCCUUCUAACAGGGAGCCAUGCUGAUGGAUAAUUUGGGGAGACUCUCAUAAUUUUAACUUCCCUAAAAAAUAUCUCAAAGCUGAAUUAGCUCCAGAUUCCCUGAGUGUCCUGCCAGCCCGUGUGUCAGCGUGGCUGUGGGUAGGAAGAGAUCUGAGCCUAACUUUUCUUACUCCCUGAGGAGUUUCUUGUUGGACCCAAUGGGGUCCACGAAGACACUGAUGGGGACAGAACCAAACCACAGAGCAUCAGUUGCAGUUUUUCUGCUGUGUUUGUCUUCUCAGAAAAUUCUGUUGCCCAGUUAUUUGGAGCUCUUGUCAGUCUCUUUCCUGCAGACUACCUGUGAAGGAAGGGGCACUCUGAGGGCUACUGUGAUUGGAAAGUAGUGGGGUAAACUCAGUCUAGUGCAGGGGCAGCUGAGGUUUAGUUCUGCUGGGCGUGUGCCCCUCAGCCUGCACCUACCCUCUCAGCACCACGCCCAGCUUUAUACAAAGGAUGUUUUGUAAGUGUUUGCAGCUUGCCCUUGACCCAUCGUUGGUCCAUGUUGCUUAUUGCCAUAUUCAGCACUUAGACUUUCUCAGAGCAUACAGGCAAAAGCACCAGGAAACACUUUGAUCUCUGAAACACUCUCCUCAACCUCUGCUCAUCUUAGAAUAUUCUUGGGUCAAAUGAGUAUCACAUGGAGACUCUGCUCCAAGAACUGCACGUAGCAGGGACUUCCUCCAGUGCUCCUCCUGAAGCAACAGGCAUGGGUUAAAACUGCUAGGACACAGAAGUCCGUGUCCUUUUGCUUGCUUGUGCCUGGUGGCCCUAAGAGGAAAUAGAACUUGAAUUUCAAAUCGAAGAGUACUGAUUCUCAGCACUUACUGUUGAGCAGGAGCUGGUGUUUUCAGUCCCCCUGGCACGUCACUCCAUGCCCAGCGAGUUCCUCACCAUCAGUUACCCUGUAGCUGGAUUUAGCGCAAAGUUGUUGAUGUCCAGGACCUACUAGUUGUCACUCAUAAAUACCCCUUGUGGGGGUGGAGCUUUCAUGUUUUCAACAAAGAAAACCACAUUUUCUUUUUCCUUGUACCUCCUCACUGGCCCAUGCUGGGACUAUGAGCAUUUUACAGUCCUCCCUAGACACUCUCUAGUGGAAGCUGUUCUACUGCCUAAGGGUCUGAGGCUAACACCACACAGUGCCUGCACAGCAGGACUACAUAGGCUCCUAAACCAUCUCCCAGGCAAAGCUGAGCAGAAGAGAGGGGCAAAGGGACACCACCUGGUGUCCCAGUAGCCUGUGGAAAACGUCAUUGCCAACUCCUCAUGAAGCGUUGCUUUCGCUCAGAUCCCAUCCAUAUGGCCUUGGCCUGGCGUCCUCUCUGAACCUGUUGAAAUUAGUCUUGCUCGCGUUAUGUACUGCUGCGUGGCUCACUGUCACUUUUCUACUUUAGUCUUCUCUUUGGGGAUCCGUUUCUCUCUGCCUUAUUCUCCCAGGUAUACAGAGGUGGUGACGUCACUGCUGGCACUCACCUGCUUGUUCUCUCAGUGCUUGUCACCCAGGUGUGCCCUGUGGAAAUGCAAAGGGAGCUAGCUGCUCACGUGUGAUUUUCCUCCAUGUAGUCACUCAAGUAUACAGUCUAGGUCCCAAACAUCAGAGCAUCUAUGCUGACAAGACAUGUAACCCAGCUGGGACUAGCCUAUGCUCAGAUUCACCCUUUACUAUCUCCUAACUCUCAGACUCUCAGAUAGUUUACACAAGCAAAAACGCUGUGGGAGUGGCUGCAUGGUAGGUACCUGAGGGUCAGUGUGCUCCUCGGUGCUAGAAAAAGGUGCUGCUGAGAUAGUGCACCGUCAGCCACUUGUAUCUAGUUAAAUGUGGGUAAGCUGUGUAAUGUAAUGUGUCUGUGACUGUAAUCCACACCUCUUGUGCAACCUGGGCUAUAGAGCUGUUUCCCCCAGUCUGUCCAAGAAAGCAGCAGUAUGGAAGGGCCUGGAGAACCGUAAGUUGUUUGGCCUCACAGCCUCUAUGUCAUAGGAGGAGGAGGAGGCUGAAGACAGGAGCCGUGUAGCUGGGGAGGAGCCAGUGCAGCAGUUAACCUUGGCAUGGGCUGAACAGGAACCUUGCUUUUUGGAAUACUGGGCAGGACUACAAAUAGAGGUUGCCACUUAGGGCACAUGGAAAUGGAUCGCCAGUGCUGCAGCUAAGCCAGAGACCCUUACAUGAGGAAGGGGUGGAGUUGAGGCCAAAAAUGCUGACCUGAGAAAGAGAUUGAGUCCUGAGAAAGAGAUUGAGAGAGCUUUCCAGGUCACUUUUCUCAGCAGCACCUUAAUUAUUCUUGAGGCCACACAUCUGACCAGCUGUCUAGGAUGCCCCUCCACAGUGGCUCUUCCAAAUGCUUUGUCACUGUCUCUAGCCUGAGUUCACUUGUAUAACUCACAUUCUGGAGCCUGUUGUCUUUGAAAUCUGUUUCUUAAUCAACUUUUCAAUCCUUUUCCAAAUCAAUUCUGUUUCUUGUCUUGGUUUAAUCUCCCUUCUAGAUUUCUGUCAGCAUAGAUGCGUCGAAAUUGAACCCACAUGGUUCAAAGAAAGCUUCCUUAACAAUGUUUUAAGACUAAUGGUAUUUUUUUUAAACAUACCAAUAUAAGUAUUUUUAAAGGUAUUUUUUGAAGUCAUAACAAUGAUUGUUUUCUCUCACAGUAUAGAUUAUCAUGGGAUAAAGAAUGGUCCCUAGCUUCUAUUUUUCAAAAUAAGUAAGUAGGACAUGUUCUUGGACUUAAACUAUUAAAAGUUAACUCUCCUAAAAGGAAAAAGAAAUAUAUUCAGUCUGCCAGAACUUUUUGUCGAUAUGAAAUUGGGGUAGAGAACAGAAAUGCCAGGGUUAACAUUUAGAUGGCCCUGGUUGGUGUGAAGUGAGCACUUCCCACCACAUUGGAGAAAUUGACUGUUCUGAACAGUUAAGAGUUGGUGGGUGGGUGUUUUGUAUUGAGGCUCCCGAACAGAAAACACUGUUGGAAAGUCACCCAUGACAUCACCAGUGUAUCACGUUACUGUCUAACACUUUGUGCAGAAUUAUUUUGGCUUUUGUCAUUUAGCCAAAUAAAGGCCAUGUGUUUUUGCCUGG